AUGGAUGGUUUACAAAGAUCAGCUAUUUCUUUUAGAAGGCAAGGAUCAUCUGGUCUAGUAUGGGAUGAUAAACUGAUAUCCGGAGAGCUGAAACCAGAGGAUAAUCAAGAUCAAAAAGAUGAUCAAAAAAUUGAUUUAAGAAGAAGUAAAUCAGACGGUGGAAAUAGGCGGGUAUACCGUACUGUAAAGGUCGAGCAAGCAGAGGAUCCUCCAUCUCCUAGAGUUUCUGGUUGUGGGUUUUGCAGUGUUUUUGGAAAACCUGUUGCUAAAACUGACAAGAAAAAAACUGGUAAGCCGAAGCAUAGAUGA